AUGGAGAAACUUCAUCAAAGCUUGCAGCUUGGUAUGGAGACAUUUAUAGAAACAAGCAAAAAAGCAGAAGAAAUCGAGAAACGUUCUGGCAGAAGGGCCACAAUGUCAGCUGGGGCAAUUAUGAAGACGACGGGUGCCGUGAUGGCGAUUGCCGUUGCUGUUUUUAUUGGAACAGCUUUGUAUUAUAUGCUGACGGGGCAAGGACAUAGAUUUGAUAUUGGAUGGUUCCUCACAGAAACAUCGCCACAUAUGUGGGCAGGAUUGGGGAUUGCGUCUUCUUUGUCCUUGUCUGUGCUCGGAGCUGGAUGGGGUAUCUUUACCACUGGUGCAUCUAUUCUCGGCGGUGGUGUGAAGGCUCCGCGAAUUCGAACGAAGAAUCUGGUGUCCAUUAUUUUCUGCGAAGCCGUCGCUAUUUUCGGAAUCAUCAUGGCUUUCGUGUUUGUUGGCAAAAUGGCGGACUUCCGCCGUGAGGAGUUAGAUCUGUCACUGCCCCCUCAACAAGCGAUCUUGGCGCGCAACAUCGCUUCUGGCUACAUGAUCUUUGGGGGUGGACUUACCGUUGGUUUCAGCAACCUUGUCUGCGGCUUGGCUAUCGGUAUCGUUGGAUCUGGAGCUGCUGUUGCGGACGCUGCCAAUCCAGCUCUGUUCGUGAAAAUUUUGAUCAUCGAAAUCUUCGCAUCUGCCAUUGGUCUUUUUGGAAUGAUUAUCGGCAUUGUACAGACUAACAAAGUUAUGAUGGGAACCAAGUAAUCAAUUUUCGAACGCUCGAGCGAGGCGAACAUUCCAUAACAUAUUGUGCUGUUUUUGUUCUUCAUAUCUGAGCGGUUGUCCUGUCGUGACAAUUUUUUGCUUACUUCUUCAUCGUCCCUUAGCUUCUCUGGUUACUGUUGAGUAACUGUGUGUAAACAUCAGAUCGUCUGAUUCUGGUCGAUAAAUAUUGAGCAGGUCAUUUGAUUGUCUCCGUCUUUUCACAAUGUGUUAGUUUUUUACUUCUUCUAAGCUAAUUUUUAGGUUGUACGCUUUUCUGUGAUGCCAGUUGUGUUAGUUCUAUUAGUGCAUAGUGACAAAGAAAACUAUAUACUUACAUGGUUCUGUCCAUCAAGAUGUAAUUGAAUGAACUGUACUACUUUGACCGUAAUCUAUCAAACGAUAGGAUUUGGUUCCUCUCUUGCUACUUUGAAGAGUGCUGUUUAGACGAACGAUCUCUAGAAAUAAAUUUUUGAGAGG